CGCUGAGGGCGGGGCGACGGAGCUGCCGAGCGGGACUCUCCCUGCCUGCCUGCCUGCAGGGCGGUCCUGGCUGCGCCAGAGGCCGCCGCUGCCGCCGCUCGGUGGGGUCUGGACGGGGGAGGCCGGCCGGCGCCAUCACCAUGAAGGAAUGCGAGUACCGGCAGAUCCCGCCGGGCACCCCGGCCGCUCCUCCUUCCUCAGAGCCUCCGGCGCCGGCAGCCUCUUCCGUGGCAGCCGCCGCCGCCACCCCGGCGCACGGGCGCCGCCGCAAGUGGGAGGUCUUCCCCGGGCGCAACCGCUUCUACUGCGGAGGCCGCCUCAUGCUGGCCCGGCACAGCGGCGUCUUUCUCCUCACGCUCGGCCUCAUCGUGGUCACCAGCGGCCUCUUCUUCGCCUUCGAGUGAGUCCGUGAGUGAAGGAGCCCAGGCUGGGGGGGGGACGGGACACCCAACGCCCCUCCUGCUUUUUGACAUUUAUUUACUUCCCUGCAAAACCGUGACCUCGCUUUCCAACCCCUGCUCCCAAAGGGGUCGCAGAGUGUUUCCACAUAGUCAACCUGUUUCGUUAUUGCCGUCGGCAGCAACCGAGCUUAAGGUUAAGCUAAUUGCUAGAGGGUGUAACCUGCUUGCGCCUUGUGGCGACUGAAAGGCUGGCCAGGUGCGGCGUGGAAUCAAACCUUUUCCUCUAGAAAGUCCCGCUGUGUUCAGUGGGUGUUUCCUCCCACUUUAGGGGUGCAUAGGAUUGCGGACUAGAGCCCCACUUCGCCAGGCUAGUAGCUAGUCCAUAGAAGCUUAACAUAUAUAACUGUCUGUGUAGAUGUAGGUAAGAUUUAGGAGCCACUUUUUGAUGGCGUUUUCUGAGCAGUAAACCAGUAUGCCCCAGUAUAUUUGUUAGGUGCUGCAGUACUGUGUUUUGUGUGAAGGCACCGUGCCAAAGCUUUACUUGAUAAGACAAGAUAAUACAGUGGUACCUCGGGUUACAUAUGCUUCAGGUUACAGACUCUGCUAACCCAGAAAUAGUACCUCAGGUUAAGAACUUUGUUUCAGGAUGAGAACAGAAAUUGUGCUCUGGUGGUGUGGCAGCAGCAGGAGGCCCCAUUAGCUAAAGUGGUGCUUCAGGUUAAGAACAGUUUCAGGUUAACAACAGACCUCGGGAACGAAUUAAGUAUUUAACCCAAGGUACCAUUGUACUGAAAAGGCACAGUGAAAUAGGCAUGGUUUUUACACUCCUUUUGAAAGGGAGGGUGUGCUUACUUCUGACCCCAACAGGGGAGGGAAUUUUGCGAUUCUAGUGCCACUGCUGUAAUAUAGUUCCUGCUUUUGGAUAAGCACUAAAUCCCCCCCCCCUUUAUUACAUUUCUUAGGGCUUAGGGUAGCUUUCACCACCCCGCCAAUUUAUUCUUGCAUCAACAUUGUGAGAUAUGUUAGGUGUGAGAAAGCAAUUGAUACAAGAUCAUCCUGGAAACAUCUGGCAGAGUUCACUUUCUCUCCCACUGGUGGGAUUCCCAUUGGCAGCAGUAGCCCAUAAAAAGCCCUUAAAAUAAUGUGUUGUGGAGAGAGGCUGAGCCAGUAACACUUGGCCUCUUCUUACAUUCUUACUGCUGGCAUAGCUCUCCUCUGAAAAUGCAGAAACUUUGCUUGGUGCCCACAGCCCACACAAGAGGCACAUCAAAAUACUGCCUAGGUGAAGGCAACCUGCAUUGCAUGCUUUAAUUGUAAGAAAAAGCAUAAUAAGAACAGUCACAGUGUUAGGAAUACCAGAAAACUGGGGAGAGGUAUUGACAUCCCUUUCCUCCACCACCUUUCUCAGCCCCCUCUCUCCCAUGCCACCAAGGUGUUAGCAGUUUUGUAUUGAAUUGUUAGGAUCCUCCAAGGCAUUUUACGACGGAUCAUAACCAAAGAUGAAAGGCAAGAUGUACAUCAUUAAAAUAAAUAAAUGUGCAAGACUUUGGGCUUCUCAUCUCACUCAGCCUGUAUGUGUGCAUGCACAUUUGUUCUAAUAGGAAAAUAAGGGGGUGGUGCUUCUCUUUCCCCACUUUGUCUUCCAAGUGCCCUAUGAAUGGACCUGAGUGAAUCUUUUCACCAUUGGUUAUUUUAGGCUAACAUAAGUGAAGAAAGCUGACUUGACUCAUUGAAAGUAAGAUCUGAGGUUGGGAUGAUUUAAGAAGUUGUUUUUCAGUGAAUAGCACAAACAUUCAAGAAGUUAACUUCAGAUGACACCAUAGGAGAGACUGCCACUUCUUAAAUUUACUCCAGAGCUUAGGUGGAAAUGCAAGACAUCAUUAGAAAGGGUACGAUUCAUUGUGGUCUUCUUGCAGAGUAAGAAGCAUAAUUGUCUAUGGGGCAGGGAGAAUGCAAAGAGCCACUAGGAGCUACAUACAUGAAAUUGGAUGUUCAUGCAAGUGAACGUUUGACUGAGCCCUGUCUGACUUGUGUUCAUAUUCUAAGCCACUUGUGGGCUGUGUUUGUGUGAGAGGAAACAAGAUCUUCUGAAGGCAUGCUAGCUGUCUUGCAAAGGCAGGUGGAAGUGAGUCAGGUGUGUAUGUGUGUGUUCAGUGUUGUGCUAAUGAGUAUGAUAGAAAGGUCAGCAGUUUGAAUCUGCGCGAUGGAGUGAGCUCCCAUUGCUCUAUACCAGCUUAUGCCAUACUAGUUCAAGUAGAUAAUUAGGUACUUCUGCGAUGGAAAGGUAAAUGGCAUUUCCAUGUGCUCUGGCACUCAUCACGGUCCUCCGUGCACUGGUAGCGGUUUAGUCUUGCUGGCCACGACCCGGAAGGCUGCCCGUGGACAAAUGUUCGCUCCCUCGGCCUGAAAAGUAAGAUGGGCGCCGCAGCCUUUGACUGGACUUAACUAUCCAGGGGUCCUUUACCUUUACCUGCUAAUGCGUUGAAUUGAGGCAGUUUUCCAAGAUACUGCUGCCACAUGGAGACCGCUUGAAACUGUCUCCAUUGCUCCAUUUGGGGUGUGCUAGCUUGUAUCAGGUCUGCAGGGCCUGUCUCCCAUUCUGCUAGAGUUGUUUGGCAGCAGUGUGGGGACCAUUCAGCCUAUUCAGCUGCCAUGCAUAAGCAUUCUCCAGCAGCUUCUAUAUCAACCUUGUAAAUGUCCACCAAAGUGUGUAGGCAACUUGAGAGCUGGCAUCCGGUUCCUUGCUGUCUAUGACUAACAGGUGAGUGCUUAAAUACAUGCCUGCCAUAUCAUGAGAAACAACUCUUAAUCGCCUUCUAACGUGCAAUUAAGACAUCUCUGUUAGACUCUUUACACUGACUAGAGGCUUUUAGCCAGGAAUGGGGGGGGGGGGGACAUACUGUGUACCAGCUUCACAUUGUGGUAUCUGGUGUUUUGCCAAGAAUGGUAUUUGGCUCCCCUGUUAAAAAACCCUUUAAGGGGCAGCAUCUUUUGUUACUUACACCCUCUCGGACCACUGGGAUUAGCACCACUGUGGGGAAGGAAAAGUAGUGGAGGGUUCAGGGAUGUAUGUGAAGGGCUUAUGACAUGUCCCUCUGCCCUUGGUUGCACAAAAGGGAAAUCAAAGGACAGCUGCAGCAGAUGAUACUAGUGUUGAUCUGGUGUGGCUUCACAACUGAACUUGGGAGAUGCAUCAGAUUCCUCUAAUCCUCUCAUGACUAGGUAUCAGGAAGUAUUUGGGCAGCUUUUUUGUAUGUGUUGGGAGUCCGUGUGAUUAUCAGUGCUUAUAAUAGUAAAGUCCUUCUGCAGUGGGCGGGGGUGUUCUGUGUUUUCCUUAUGUAAACGGUGCAUUCCCCAGAGUGCUGGUUUUGUCUAAAGCCUCUGCUUGCGUGUCCAGCUCUCCUUGCCUUUGGUAGAAAUUUAAUCUUGGGAGUUUUAGCAGCUAGGCCCUGUUAUUCCGUUCCAGCCAUUAGGAGAGUGGAGUUGUAAGCUUUGUCUUCGCUACUGCAAAACUGUGGGCUAGCCCAUGUGACCUGCGCUGUGGAUGGAUCUUGGUACUGGUGUGAUUGUGGCAUUCCCUCAUUGUAUGCAGUAGCACUAGCCCCAUGCCAUCCUGUACCACACCACACAUGUCAACUACCUAAACAUAAACAGAGACUAGCCGCAGUACCCUAGCUGCCUGUAAAUCUACAUCCAGUUGUUUGCAGUCACAGAAAACCUUAACCACCUUCAGCUUUGACUUUAUAUUCUCAGAAGCUGACUUUGCUUCAGAAGACAUAUUAAUGCUGUUCCUUAAGUUGACAAGCUUCCUCUCUGGAAUUUUCUCUCCCCCUCCCCUGCUAGAUCAAAAGUUGAUGUGAUUUUGAAAAGUGAAAUAGUGCCGUGGAAUAACUAGGGGCUCUCUCCUCUACUCAUAGCCAUGUAGUUUUGCAGAUUGGAGGGCUGGAGCUAGAAGGGACCUUUGCCAUUCUUUCGCUUGUGUACACUUCCCCUUUCUGCCCACUGUUCAGCGAAAUCCAUGCUUCUUUUGCCUUGGCUGCAAGGCAGACUGCAAGAUACUGGCUGGCAGGGGGUUUUGUGCUGUUUUCCAUUGGCUUGUGCUUUUGGUUAUCUGUAGUAGGGGUGGGAAUGAAGGGGGAAGCGUGCUUCUUCCUCAGCCAGUGUGCUGGGUUCAAAGGCUGUUACUCCAGAAUCCAUGCAAAUAUAAAUACAUUAUUGUUGAGAUGAUCCAUUUCUGGACCGCCUCUCCCUAUAUAAACUGUCCUGGACUCUGUGUUCAUCAUCUGAAGCCCUUCUUUGUGUGCCUCCUCCGUUUGAAGUCCAGAGAGUGGCAACAUGAGAAUGGGCCUUUUCUGUAGUGGCUCCCUGACUGUGGAAUGCUCUCCCCAGGGGGGUUUGUUUGACGCUUUCAGUAUAUACAUUUUAGAUACUAGGGAAAAACGUUCCUCUUCAACCUGGCUGAUUAAUAUACUACAGCCUGUUAAAUGUAUCUGUGGGAAAGGGGGGGGUAUUGUUUUGUUGUUUUGGUUCAAUUUUUUACUUGUGUUUUAUCUUGUAUUUUAUUCUGUGAACUGCCCUGAGAUCUUUUGAUGAAGGGCGAUAUAUAAAAUCAAUCAAUCAAUCCUAGUUAGCCUUUGAAACAGCCCUGUUUACAUAGAUAAGCUUAAGUAGCUGCUUGGGAUCCACUAAAAUCAGUAGGGAUUAGUAAACAUAUGUUAUAUGUUGCAUCCUGCUCGUGAUAAACAUUUCAGAGGAAGCAGGGCUUGUGCUGAAUUUCCCCCCACUGAGCAGGGUUGUGGGGCUUUUAGCUGAUCUCUGCAGCCGUUCUUCGAAUGGCAGAUGCCAAGAAGUGGUAAUAUUGAUCACCAAGCUGUGUGAAAUUUCACCUGUUGAUUUUCACAGACCAAACUGCCUUUUAAAGACACAGGAUCAGACAAGGACAUUUUUCCCUGGUUAGUUGACAAGCCUCUGUCAUAAACUGUGCUUCUGCCAUAGUCUUAGUAUCAGCUCAUUCACUGCACCUUCUGCAGCCUUUGUGGCUGUCUUUCUGCCAAACAACCCCAGCCCUUGAAAAUCUGUUCUUUACCGAAAAGAACAGAACAGAAAUAGUAUUAAUUUACCUCAUGACACACAGCUCACUCCCACUUCUCAAAUCAAGCUCCCACCCACCCUGCUUCUCCUUUUUAAAAAGAAUGCCAUGGUUACCCUUGACAACUCCAGGCCCAGCGUGAUCAGGUUCUCCCUCGCUAAUUUCCCCCUCUCCCAGAUAUGGUGACAUGGCCUUGGACUAUACUUGUGGUCUCAUAUAUUGAAACCCUAAAUAAGGAUUUAAAUGCCAUUGCCACCUCUGGAUUCAGAUGGAGUUACUGUUCUUUUAUAAAAAGUCUUGUUUGGAUCUGGCUUCGUUAACAUCAGACGCAACAGUUCCGGUAAUCUGGCCACCCACUUUCGUGGACCAGAGUACAGUCGUACCUUGGAAGUCGAACAGAAUCUGUUCUGGAAGUCCAUUCGACUUUCAAAACGUUUGGAAACAAAAGCACAGCUUCUGAUUGGCUGCAGGAAGCUCCUGCAGCCAAUAGGAAGACAUGGAAGCCCUCUCGGACGUUUGGCUUCCAAAAAUAGUUCACAAACCAGAACAGUCACUUCUGGAUUUGCGGCAUUCGGGAGCCAAAAUGUUCGAGAACUAAGCUGUUCGGAAACUAAGGUACAACUGUAUAGCUCAGAGUAAAUGCUGGAGGCACAGGGUCUGGUGGCAUGUCAACCUUGAGUUAAAGAGCAAGGGGGAAAAGCUGUGCUUCAGCAAGGUGAUCCAAAAUUGCUGGAGGCAGUGAAGCUUGUUCAAACCAGUGGAUUCACUGUGUUUUCCAACACCAGAUAAUUGUGAACCAGUGUGAUCCAGACAAAUAUUGGCAUUGUCAAGUCUCAUGCAGUCACACUGGCCCUGGGUAGCCGUUGACAAGUAACUUACCUCAUAGUCCCUGUUCUGCUUCAAUGAAACAUAAUAAUGGUGGCCUCCCUCACAAUAUCUCUGUGAUAGAAAUCUAAAAAGAUAUUCAACUAUUUGUUCAUUAAAAAUGGAGCUGUAUCCAUUAUAUAAAAAACAAUGAUAAAAGUGGAUAUAUACACAGCAGGUUAAUAAGAUAAGAGGGCAUCAGCUCUGCGACUAAACAGUCUUUAGAAGCUGUAUCAAGCUUACACUUGAAAGAACUUAAUGGAGAUGUGUUGAAAAAAGGAGGGGAAAAUAAAGUAACUCUAGUUUGUAGAUUUGCUUUCUUCAGGAUUUAAGGAAAAACUAGAUUUUUUAAAAAUUGAAUUUAUAUACCGCCCUAUACCCAAUAACUCCCCCCAGCAAAAAAAACACAUUUUAAAAGGACUGUGUAGUAGGGAAGGAUUUACUCCAGGAAUAAGCUAUGACUGAUAUAAAUGAUUCUUACCUCAUAAGAUAGCUAAUGCUGUCCACUCUUCCCCUUAAUCCAGCCUUGCAUUUAGCAAUUUGCCUGGCAGGCUUAGGUGACCAGGAGUUUUAUGUAGGCAGGCAUAUGAAACUCCAUAAAGGGAAAGGGCAGUAGAUCAAUCUGUCCCUCAUCCACUCUGUCCCAACUCCACAACGAGCAUGGAUGCACAGGCAAUUUGCUUCUUAGCCGACUAGUAAUUUUUGCAGACAUGUAACUUUUGUGAGCUUAUUUGCAAGGUGGUCCUUAAUCAUAUUCUUCUAAAAGAUCUACAGAAUUUUGCAAGGUAGAAUCUGAAGAAGUUAUGAUCUGUUGGCUCCAGUGGCCAACUAAAAGAAACUGUCCGCGAGUGUAGUGUUUGUGUGGUGAAUGGAGGCCCUACUUUAAAAAUGUGUUGUUCUUUUUUUCAGCUGUCCCUUCUUGGCUCGUAACCUGACCUUGGCCAUUCCCAUCAUUGCUGGCAUCCUGUUCCUCUUUGUCAUCAGCUGUUUGCUGCAGACCAGUUUCAGAGAUCCUGGUAUCCUGCCCAGAGCCACCCCCAGUGAAGCUGCAGACCUGGAGAAAUGGAUAGGUGAGGUUCUAGUUGUCAUUCUUCUACAUCCUUGGAAAAAAUUUAAAGCUCUGCUUGUGAUCUCAUGGUAUGCAACAUCCUUGUUUGAGCAUUUUCCUGAGGCUAUCAUGAAGGGAGACAAAGCAGUUGCCAGAUCUUCACUGGAGGGACCUAAUGGCUUAAACCUUUUCUAGGGAAAACCCGUGGUGACAGUGAGCAGCAGGCCCAUCCUAUGUGACAUUGCCUUUCCAAAAUCUCUGAGAGAGAUGAAGCCUGGGGACCUAGGAGUGUGAAUUCAUUGUAGUAGGAAGCUGGAUCCUAAAAUGGUGAUUGUGUAUGUUUCAAAUAAGGGAAUUGCAGGUGUCUCUAGCUUCCUGUUGGAUCUAACCCUUCAUAGGUCACAUGACCAAUUUCCCAGAUGACUCAGCCAGAUAACAUAGUUCUGUUUCCUCUGCCCCAGGCAUGUCCAACUCCUAAGAGUCUGCAACCUAGUCCCAGUAUAAAAACAAAACAAAACUGGCAGUGAUCUACCCAUUGUCAUUGGAGGGAGGAGGAGCGUGCGUGGGGUGGGUGGGUGGGUGGAAGGGGAGGAUUGCCCAGAGUUGUUCAGCUUUUCUUGGGGAUGAUUCCCCACAGUUGUUGAGCUUUUCUUGGAGGGGAGAGAGAAGAGUUUCUGAGCUUUUUUAAAGAGAGUAUGCCAAAAAUCCCUAAUAGGCUGCUAAUUAAUGCGUCUAGCGCUAAAUGAAACUAUUGUAUCCCCAAUCACCAGCAGCAGACGCCAAACGACCGCCCACUAGACGUGACGGAGCGACAGAGAGAGGGGGGCGGGGGGGCGGACCCAUCUCCCGGGGAUCUACCUGUCGAUCGCGGUCGACCGGUUGGACAUCUGCUCUACCCUACUGCAAAACUUGGGUUGUUUUUGUUGUGACUUCUACUAAUAAAAAAUGCAACCCUUUAUGUGUUGUGAUGGUGGCUCACUGAGCAGUCAGUCCAGAGUUACCAAGAGCAAAAUGAAUACUUUUUCAUUAAUUUUUAAAGCAAAGAAGAUUUUCCAAAAGAUCUCUAUGCUUCCUUUUUUGCCAGUGACAUUCAAGGCAACUGCAAACAUUCCAUAACAACAGCAAACAGAAUAAAAACAUGUCAUUAGUACAAAAAUAGUAGAUGAAAUCCACCAUUAACUAAUUCAGUAAACUCAUCUUCAUAUCAAACUGGGCAGACUAGCAUAGUGAUACACACCAGCCCCUACAACAAAUUAUAUUUAAAUCGCCAAAAUUGUCAAAAAGAUAAAUAUGAAGUGACCAGGAAAAGAGAUGCGAAUUUAUUGGCUUAAAUAUGAAUGAAUGAAUCUUUAUUUGCAUCAGCCAUCGGCCAUAACAAUAAAACAACAAUAUGGUAUACAAAAAAUAGAAAUAAAAAGUCAAUUAUAUGAAAUACAUUUUAGCAUUUUGAAUAAAUAGUCAAAUAGUGGAUCUUAUUCUGAUUGCCCCAGCUAAAAACCUUGCAACCUUUGCUAUUGGCUUAAAUAUUGUACCAGCCUUCUCAUUUCUGCACUGUGGCUUGGAACAAAUUCUGAUGCAGGCAUAGUGAGUGUUGAACUUGGAGCUUAUCCUGUGUUUUAGCCUUGGUGGUGAUAAGCUGUCAGAUCAUUUCUGCCAAUUCCUCAUCUGAGCCAGAUAUUUAUUGUUGCUGUUUAGGGCUAGGAAAUAACUGAUUUUCAAGAUUGCAAUUUAUAACCAGCUAAAUAUCAUGAUACAUUGAUAUAUCAUGAUAUCUGAAAUAAGGAACUACACAGAGGCGAACAGGACAAUGUCCUGGCAACUGCUACAACUUAAAGGUCUAAAACUGAUAAAUGAUGAUAUUAUCAAUCACCUCAUGGUCACUUUUAGCAGCAGGCAAGCCAAAAUGCAUCCAAAUGAGACAUUUGGUUUUGGGCUUGGCUACCAAAUGGUGGUAUUCCGGACAAUCCAAAGUACGGUGAUGAGUUAUAGUGAAUACAGAUAAUCUGAGACUGCAAGCAGGCUGCUAGGCAGCAGUCUGAUGGCAGCAGAACUAUUAACAGAGAGGGCACAGAAGCAGCAAGAGCCUGGCAGCAGUGGCACAAUAAUCAGCAGCCCGUGAAGCCUCGGCACAGCAGUGGGUGGCAGCAGCAGAAGCAGUGGCAGCCAGUUAGGCCUUGUGGUGGCGGCGGCAGUAGUGGUGGUCUGCAAGGCCUUGCAGCAGUGGCAGAAGUGGUGACAGCCUGCAAGGCAUUGUCAUGCCGGUGGCAGUAGCAGCGACUUGCAAGGUCUUGCAGUGGUGGCAGGAGAUAGUAGCAGAAGCACAGGUGGCCUGCAAGGCCUCGCUGAGGCAGGCUGCCACAACUUCUGCCACCAACUCCCACUACUGCCAGGAGGACUUGCUGGCCGCCGCCACUUCUUGCCACCACGGCGAGGCCUCGCAGGCUGCCACUACUAUUGCUGCCAUCUCCUGUCACUGACGCAAGGCCUCGCAGGAUGCCACUACUGCCGUCACCUCCUGUGACUGCUGCAAGUCCCAGCAGGUUUCUGCUGCGAGAACUCGCAGACCACCACCACUUCUGCUGCCAAAUCCUGUCACCACUGCGAGGCCUCACAGGCUAAUGCUGUUACUGCUGCCACUUCCCAUCGCCACUGCAAGGCCUCACAGGCUCUGCCAUCACUCUCUUGCAGGCCACCGCCUUUACUGCAGCCAGUUGCUGCCGUGAGGCCUUGCAGGGUUUCAUUAUUGCAGCUACCUUUUGUCACUGCCUUGAGGCUUUGCAUGCCGCCGCCACUAUAGCUGCCACCUCCCGUCACUGCUGUGAGUCCUUGCAGGCUGCCACUGCUACUGCCACUGCCUCCCAUCGCUGUUGUGAGUCUUCGCAGGGUGCUGCCGCUACUGCCAUCACUCUUAGCACUGCUACAAGGCCUCGCAGGUCACCACUGCUUGUGCCACGACCGCUACUGCCCCCAGCUCCUGUUGCCACCGUGAGGCCUCACAAGUUGCCACUGUUCAUUCUGCCGCCGCAAGGCCUUGCAGGUUGUCACUACUACUGCCGACACGUACUGCGGUCAUGGCAAGCUGUUUCUGCCACUGCUGCUUCUGCCUCCUAGCCUCUGCCUCCUGCCUGCUGGCAGUCCCAGAUUAUUUGAAUUCACUAAUGACUCAUUGCCGUACUUUGGAUUGUCCUGAAUACCACCAUUUGGUAGCCAAGCCCAAAACCAAAAGUCCUGUUGGGAUGCAUUUUGGCCUACUGAUGAAACCGAGUGUGUGAUGAUUGGUAAUACUGUCAUUUAUCCAUUUUAGACCCCUUAGUAGCAGUUGCCAGGAUAUUGUCCUGUUUGCCUCUGUAUAGUUCCAUCCUUAUUUCAGACAUUGUGGUAGUUUGCAAUGUUUAGCUGGUGAUAUUGUGAGGUUUAGCUGGUGAUAACAUUGCAGUGUUUAGCUGGUGAGUUAUUGCGAUGUUUAGCUAGUGAGUUAUCGCAAUGUUUAACUGGUGAGUUGUCACGAUGUUGAAAACCAGAUAUUGCCUAGCCCUUAUACACAUUGUGAUUCACAAUAUAUUGCCAGCUCAAAUAUUAUGAAACAAUUAUCACAAUGUGAACUUCAAACCGGUUUUGGACGAUAUAUUGCCCAGCCCUUUUGCCAUUCCAUUCCUCUGAAGCAGUUUAAGGGGCAGCUUGUGUGAGUUAAACAAUCUUUCUCUCUCUAAUUCAGAGCACAGAGGGAAAACAGCUUCUAGCUGUCUGUCAUAAUUUGUUUCUGGCUGUUCACUUGUAGGUGACUAGGUAGGGAAGCUUACAAAGUUGUUGGAGAGGAGAGGUUACACCAGAACUGACUGAUUUUUGUGGGCAGGCACACUAGAGUAAAUUUUCAUGGAGUAAUAACUUAUAUAAACAUUGUAAGGUCACUAUUUUAUUCAGCAUCUAGUCUCCCACCAGAAGUGCAUUUAAUGCUGCAUCUUAAAAUUCAUUGGAUUGGUGAAAGUAGGGGAAGGAUGGCUUACUCGAAAUCCAUAUGAUCCCAAUUUAUUAAGAAUUGGAAGUGUGAGUUUAAACCAGUCUUUCCCUGUGCCCAAGCUUUGUGAUUGAGGAGCCAAAUACCUGUUCUCGUGGCUUUACUGAUUCUUCAGAUACAUUUUUUGAGGUUUGUUGACAGGUCUGAUGGACAUUGAUUGGCUUGUUUAGAACUGGUUUUAUUUAUUGGUUUAAUAUAUAUUUUAAACCGUUUUGUGAUUUUAUUACAUGAAAGCUGGUAAAGAAGCGUAUUAUAACGUCAUCCCUGUUCAUUUUGUCCGCUAAAAUCUAAAGAACUACAUUUUGAGUGUGAUUCAGUUAUUUGCAAAUCAAUUUAUCCAGCAAUAUGGAACUGCAACUUAAAUGACAAUGAGGAGCUGUUGUGGAGAAGGAAAUAGAGUUGUAAGGGUAAGGAACCAAAUACAUGGGACAAAAGUCAAUUGUCCAGAUGCAUUUUAGAGUUGUGAUACUGGUUGGAGUCUAACUCACAUGUAAAUGCAUAUUACUCCUAUUCUGUCCCAACUGCAAUGCUUUCCUAUUUGCUUCUGAGUUCAGUUCAAAGCAUGGCAUUCACCUUUACUGCUGUAAGUGGUCUGAAGCAUGUGUUGCUGUGGAAAUGACUUCUUCCAUAUGUUAUUUCCCAAUUCCUUAGAUCUGCAGGGGAGGUGUGCUGAUGAAAUGAUUUUUAAAUGUACAGUUGUUUAUAGCCAAGUAGCCUGGAUUUGCUUCUGGCUGUGAUUUUAUGUUCUAUGUUAACUGUAUUUUCUGAAUACAGAUUUAACUACUGAAGCUGCAUGCCACUGAGAAUCCAGCUAAAUAAAAUGAACUCUUCUGCCAUGCUAAGAAUUAUUGUGCAAUAGCACUACAGAAAAAAUGUCUGGAGGCUGUGUUCAGUAGCUUCUCCCAUUUACUUAGCUUCAGCCUGAUAGUGUGAUGCUAGCUGGAAGUGCUUGGAUAUGAGGGAGAUAAGGUAGAAAGUUGGCAUAUUUUAUGUUUCACAGUGGAUCAGAUUAUAGAUUUGACUAGCAGCAAUUCUAUAAAGAAAGCACUUAAAGCAGGAAUGUCAAAGAUAUGCCCACAGAUUGUAUCAGGUCCUUUGGAGGUCUUAAAUGCUCAAAUUGUCAUCUUUUUGCUGGAGUCAUCUUAAGCCAUCACUGUGUGCAAAAUUUACAAAGCAAGAGUACCUACUUAGAAUUUCUUAACAGUUUAAGGCACAACUAAUCUGUUGUAAGUGAUCCUUACUAUUCAGACUUGCCAGUGGUCCACAAUAUUUUGCUGGCCUUGUAGUCAAGAAACAAAAACUGUAUUCCUGCAUGUGCCCUCCAGCUUGACUAAUGAAACCCCCUUCCUUUUUUUCAUGUGUGGAAUGCACCUUAAUCAAGCAUUAGCCACCCCCCUUCCUUUUCUGGCAGAGAGUGUGUUGCCUUUGGCUGCUGUUUGGCGGAGGGGCUCAUCUGCCGAGUAGCAGCCAAGGAAACCUCCUACCUCCCUUUCCAGCUCUGAAGCAAGGAAGCAGGCAGGAUCUUGCCCCCUUGGCUCUGUAUGACUGAAGUGCUUUAGGCACCUUAGGCACAUAAUUGCCAAAGAAUCCAGUCUUGUUGCCAACCUUGGUAUUGGAGAGGGAGCCAGGGAUUGUUGUAGAGUUGCUGGGACAAUCCCUGCCUACCUCUGUAGUUUCAAAGCCUGGAAGUUAGGAUAGAUGCUGAUCAUGCUCAUUGGGGUAGGGACUGUCUAGCUGCCCUCAUUAGUGGAGCAAGCAAAGAUGUGGAAGCCUGCUUAAGAACAUAAGAUGUGCUCUUGCUGGAUCAGACCAUAGCUGGCCCACCUAUUCCAGUAUUCUUUGUAAGGAUCCAAGCAACCAGCAGACACUAGGUGGCCCACAAAAAUUUGGUUGGUGGUAGACCAUAAUAUAGCACCUGCUUGCUACAGAGCUGCAAAAAAAUCUCCACAAUUCUAAAGCCUCUUACCUGUAGCCAGGGGCCUGUUCUGUUGAAUGUUGCAGCCAGGCUUGUAGCACCAUAGAGCAUAAGGACUGGAUAUAGGAAUCCAAAGAGAAAUCCUGUACAAGAUCAGGCUGCCAGUUUAUCUUUCUAAAGAGAAAGACAUGUGAGAAUCAGAAAGGUCUGAUUCUUUCUGUCUUGAGGUCAGUAAUUCACACAUCUAUUUUCCACUCUGGCUUUUCUUAAAAAUCUAAUUCAAGUAAACUUUCAUUUUAAAAUAGGGUGUAUGUUCUGAACAUGGGUUGUUUGUUCAGAAUCCUACACUUUUUGUAUGAGUUAUAAUAUUGUAUAGACAUGAGGAACAAUGCAUAUUUAAAAAUUAGCCUCUAAAAGAUGCACUGCAAAAAUGGAUUCUGUUUCAUACCUGUGGCGUUUUAUUGUUCAGAUGGCAUGUGUGUGAGUUGCGAGUUCUGCUUUUGGACAGGGGACUCGAUGAGAAGAUGGUCACAUUCCCUCCAUCCCUGUGUUCCCUUCUCGGAUGAGUGUAAUAUGUGGAUGUUUUUGCCUUUGCAGACAGCCUGGGCACUUCAACCUACCGCCCACCUGCCCGCACCAUGGAAGUUGUUAUAAAUAAAUACAUGGUGAAGUUGAAAUACUGCUAUACUUGCAAAAUGUUCCGUCCUCCCAGGACCUCCCACUGCAGUGUCUGUGACAACUGUGUAGGUAAGUUCAGAAAGAGUUGCCUUACAGGCUGUCAGGGUUGCAGUUCUUACCUAAUCUUCCUGCUUCACUGAAGGCCAGAAAUGUGUGAAUUUGAGGCAGUGUGUCUCCUCUUCCAUAAUCAAUCUCAGCUAUGCCCCAGAUGAUGAUAUUUGAGUCUGGGUAGGCAUACGAAGAGAAGUAUUGUCUAUUUGCAGAGUGAAGAGAGGGCUGGUCAGGACUUCCAUUGGCUGGUUGAUGGGCUUCAUUGUGCUUAACAGAUCGGAUAGGCUUCAUUGACUGUUGCGCCUCCCCACCCCAAUUUUUGUUGUACUCCCAUCUCCAUUUUCCUGUUUUUGCUGCUUCAGUAACCAUCCCCCCAAUGCCAGACUUCAAACGUGAAAGCCUCAGUCUUGGAAGAACAAUAAUCUCUUGUUCUAAAUUGCUCCAGGAUUCUCUCUUGUGUACAUGCAACAGAUUAACUAAGCCAUUUCUCUAGUGUCUUGGAGGAAGAAUACAUGAAGCACAAUACUUGUAGAAUUUCUAAGGUGUAUGAUGUUCUUUUUUAUGUAAAUUGCAGUGACUAGACAGUACUCCCCUCACUGAACACACACAUACACAAAAAUACAUGCAUUUUGAAAGCAAAACAUUGGUUUCCUUGAUAUAGGAUUUAAACUGACACAUUGCACUGAUUUGGGGAGCAUCCUCUUGGAGAAGGGGAGAUGUAUAUUCCUGGGAAAGAUUGCCAAGUUCUUAGACAUGCUAGGAUCUGUUGAAGUAGUUAUGGAGAGGUGACACAAUAUUGAGCGCAAUGUAACCUUGCUGAAAAUUCAAGGGACAGGCAAGUUGCAAAAAUAUUUCUGCUUUAAAGAAAAUUCAGCCCUAAAUGCCUUCCAUUCCUGGGCUGUUUGUAAUGGUGAAUUUUUCCUUUAGCAGUGGAUUGUAAUAAACAUUAAAGGGCAUAUCAAGACAUGAACAAAAGCUGUGGAUACGCCCACAUUGUUAACUCUUGCCAGGAUGUAUAGUGCUUCAGGGGAGGGGGAGGUCUCUGGGAGACAAUCAGUCAUGAAAUGGAUUGCUGGAUGCUUGAAUUGCGCAGUUUCUUUCUCCCAUUCUCUUUCUAUAUAUGCUAAGGCAGUCUGAUGAGUAUACCUUCAAGAAUUCAGUCUGAAAACAGAUUUUCUUCCUCAGCCAAGUACAUGUAUAGUCAUGUAGGUUAUAGAGAGCAAUUACAAGAACCAACUCGAAGGAAGUGUAAUGUUAGGUUGAGUUGCUGGGCAGCACAGAACAAUCAUGUUCUGGGCAGGCUAUGGCCAGCAGCCAUUCAAAGGCUUUUCAGUAAGACAUAUGUUUUAUAUUCAUCCAAAGAUCUCAAGGCAGUUUGCAGCAUAAAAAUACAAAAUAAACAGUAUUCUUUGUGUGUGUAAGAGAGAGGAGAGUGAGGAAUAUAGGAUCAGGGACCAGAUAUUACAACAUGACUAGUGUACUUGUUUUUGUACAAGUAAGGCCACAAAUCCUUGCUUUGGGAGUCUUUAAAUGCAUAUAGAUGUGGUAGUGCUGCAGGACAAGGAAUAUAAUUUAUAACAGGAUAGAUCCACGCAGUGGGCACAAUGGCUAAAGGAAGACUUGGAGUUGGCUUUUCCACAACCAAGCCAACACCUGAAUGUCCCCCGAAAGGUCAGCCCUCAACAAGGUUAUGUGUGAUACAAUCAGAAGCAUCCAUUGAUUUCAGACAAAGUGACUUAAAAUGGCCACAGCCCUCUCCUUUUUUCUUUUUUUAAAAAUCAAGUUAUUAUUCUCACUGUGUAUAUGUUAGAAGAGGACAUGGUCCUAAGAGUGGCCUCCAGUAUUAUUAUUUUUUUGCAGUGCAUUUUCUUGAAAAUAUACUUGAAAUGCUGAAAAUAAAGCUGCCAAUAUAAUAAUGCUACUAUACAAAUCUAUUGUGUGACUCCACUUGGAAUGCUUUGUACAGUUCUGGAUGCCACACCUAAAAAAGGAUGUUCUAGAAUUAAAAAAGGAAGCAGAAAGAGGCAAGCCAAAUAAUCAAGGAACUGGAGCAACUGCCCAGAGAGGAAUGCUUACAACUUUUUAGGUUAGAAAAAAUGUCAACUUUGGGGGCACAAGAUAGAAAUGUUUAAAAUUAUGCAUAGCGUAGAGAAUGAGUACAGGAGUGAGUUCCCAUCUUCUCCCUCCCUCAAAAUACUAGACCCAGUGGGACAUCCAAUAAAGCUGAAUGUUGGAAGAUUCAGGACAGACAAAAAAGAAUAUAGUACACAAUAUAAAGUGGAAUUAAUGGAAUUAACCACCAUAGGAUGUAGCGAUUGCCACCAACUUAAAAGGGAAUUAGACAAAUUCAUGGUGCUGCUAUGCUUCUUUCGCUUUUGUUUUCCUUGGGUUUGUGGUGUGUAAACCACCCUAAUAUUAUCAUCUUGUUGCCUUCCCCCCACAGAACGGUUUGAUCACCACUGUCCCUGGGUGGGCAACUGCGUAGGGAAGCGAAAUUAUCGAUACUUCUAUGCCUUCAUCCUCUCCCUCUCCUUCCUGACAGCCUUCAUCUUCGCUUGUGUCAUUACCCAUCUUGCCCUGCGUAAGUAUAGCUUUUAAUCAAGUACUUUCUGAACCAGAAGCUCUUCAGCUGUCCCUGUAGGUGUCUGGGUGAGCACAUUUCCAAGCCAGCAUGCUUUUCAAUGCACCAUGCCACCAAUCUCUUUGGAUGGAGGGAGAAUUUACAACACCAAGCCAACUGUAAAGUGCUAUUUAAAAGCUGGUAGAACACAACAUUUUACAUAUGUGCAUUAUCGUGCUAAAUUUAGGCAAACCUAUCCAGGAUAGCCCAAAACUUGCCUCACUGCUUCAGUCUUCCUGAGAACCUGGGCUUCCAGAAGGGUUCUGUAUGCUGUCAGUGUCACGUGACCUCUUGCAUGCUUGAAAUAUAAAAUGGCUUCGUUCAACUCAUUCCUCUUUUUGCUUUGCUUUGCAGGCUCCCAGGGAAGUGAUUUUCUCACUGUUUUGAAAGCAACACCAGCAAGAUAUCCUUUCACUAUCGGCCUUCCUUCCCCCCUCCCCUCCUUUUUUUGUUGGGGACAAAGAAAGAGCCAGUUUAGCAUAACAGAUUCUAAAAUCUAAAAUGUCCUUCAAUGUGUUUUCUGAGUGGGUAAAGCAAGAAACAGCCAAACUCUCAUGAUCACUCACACAGGGAAUCUUCUUCUAGAGUCAAGGAAAACUUUUGCUUUGGGGCUCGAUCUUUGUUAAUCAUCUCUUUUUUUCUUUUUGCAGAAUUGUCCACAUAAUUCUGCCUAACAGCUAGGACUGAUACAAAGAAUGGCUUCAUUUUGUAAAAAUUUGACUACGUAGCCCAGUGUUUUCAAUCGUGCCCAAUCUGAAAAACAAAUUCUCAGUGGCCCAAAGCAGAAAUAAUAUUCAGCCCUGUGAUCAGACUUCCCUUGUUGCAGCUUGCCUGGUGCCAUGUUCAUUUCUUUUUGGUGUCAAAUGGAGACCUUUUACAUCUUCAUUUUAACCUGGCCUGUGUGGCUGUCCUGUAUGAUGUACUGCUUUACUUUGUUGCCGCCAUUUGUUGUUAGUUUCAUUUUCUUGUUUAUGGGUUUUAAAUUUUAAAAACCUGCUAAUUUCUAGUACCUUUAACUAAUCAUUGAAUCCUUUAAAGGACUGAAAAGCUGGGUAUCUGAUAUUGCAUAUAAAUAGCUAGAGAUAUCAGAAACUGAAUCCUGGUCCUCUUGUACAGUAUGUUUCUUGUUUUAGUGAACUAUUUAUGAUAAUUAUCAACCAGUUUUUUUGUUCAUGCCACCUUCCAGAAAUAUGCUGAAAGUGGUUUCAGGGGUGGUAAACUAAAGGAAAAGAUGCUUGUCUAGGGCUAUUUGGGGUGAGUGGGUUCUCCACAAUCACAUACUGAUGUUCCUUCCUUGACUCUUCACUCACUGUGUUGGAAUUGGUGGUCUGUUUUUUCUCAGUAUGGUCUAUUUUUGGCCUCUCAGGGUUUCACACUUACUUAGUUGCCUCCAACUUGACAACCAAUGAAGAUGUGAGUAUAUAUUUUUUCCAUCUCCGUUCAUCAAAUAGAAGCCCAAUCACUCCUUAUUAGGGUUUUAAACCAAUUCCAUAAUCAAGUGGUGCUUGCUAUCCACUAUUUCUGUCAGAUUCUCAUACAAAAUCCAUCUGAUUUCAUCAGGACAACUUUUUAAUUGAUUAUACUAACUUCUUAUUUGAUGAGAUAUGUUAUAGUCCUAAUUCAUGACUGGGGAUAAGAGCAAAGCAGCCCUUUAUGCUUCUAAAGACUUUUAUUUUAUAUUUGAAUUUGUUAGUUGCUCUUAUAUUUAAAGUGUUCAGAUUGGCUUGCAAGAGAACAAUAAAAUUCUAUAUUAUGUAAGACUUUAAUCAAUAUAUGGGGAACAAAUCAUUGUCAUGCACUCCUCUAUUGUGGAACUCUCUGCUCUGCACUUCAAUAGAUUUCAUAUAUGUAAAUGGGGAGAAUACAGAGUAAGGCCUCUUAGAUCUCCAGCAUAUCUAAGAAGGUGGAGAGGUAAUGAUGCAACAAUGCAGCACCAGGGCUCUCUAUGAUAGCAAAGUGUCAUUGUGUGAUUUAUGUGCUUGUCAGUACAGUGGUACCUCGGGUUACAUACGCUUCAGGUUACAGACUCAGCUAACCCAGAAAUAGUACCUCGGGUUAAGAACUUUGCUUCAGGAUGAGAACAGAAAUCGUGCUCUGGCAGCGCAGCAGCAGCAGGAGGCCCCAUUAGCUAAAGUGGUCUUCAGGUUAAGAACAGUUUCAGGUUAAGAACGGACCUCCGGAACGAAUUAAGUACUUAACCCGAGGUACCACUGUAUGUACCAACUUUCAUAAUAGAACAUUAAGAUGAUACAAAAAUGCAGAUGGUGCUCUCCACUGAAUGGUUAUAAAUUGUGCAAAAGUCAAAGGAUUGUAGGAGACUUUCAGGAGAAAAUGUAUUGUAUAGAUGACACACACACACACGAUUUCAGUUGAGGCACUAAACAAUUGCUGUGUUGUGCAUUUUGAGCCCUCUUAAAAAGUUUAAGAUUCAGCCACUAACUUGUCAAGAGAGGGAGUAGUGUUUGCAUGAAACCCCUUCUUUGCUUCCCUCUAACCAAACAGUUGAAAGUUCCAUCCUUUGGAUUAGUGUGAGAAGAUUAGUAGCAUUAAAAUAUACAGUUGUUUGUGAUGGAACAUUCACAAAUAAAUGGUGUGUGCUUUGAACUUGAUAUCUUUAAAUUUGUAAAUUUUCACUUGAAUCACCCAUGCAACCAUUUUGGCUCCCAAGGUCCAAAUUUCCCCACCCAUCUGUCAGUCAUAGGAUGUCAUAUGACUGAGCACUUGGUGGGCCACCCAUCUGUCAAAAUUCCUUGUGCUUUGCAAAACUUGUGUGCUUCUCUUCUAAGCCCCUGAUCUCAGACUCUUAAAAGAGGGAGAUUUGUAAAGGGUUCUGCUAGUCUUCUUCCUUCUGCCUUUAAGUCCCCAAUCUCAGAGGAUUAAAAGGGGAGCAGGAGGAGACUCACAAAGCUUUUUGCAAGUCUCCUCGUGCUUCCCUUUCUAAGCCUCCAAGAUGAAGAACUUAAAGCGGGAGGGAGACUUGCCAAAGGCUUUAAGACAGCCCCAGUUUUCCGAUUUGACCCUCCAGAAGCUCAAAUGGGAGCACAGGGGCUGUCUUAAAGCCUUUGCAAAAGCCUCUUUGAAAUAGCUCUCACCAGCUAUUUCAAAGGGUGUUUUUGCACAGACUUUAAUCCCCACUCAGAUGUUGAGCGGGGAUUAAGUCCUGCUGCCUGCUGGGAAUAGGAUAGCACAGCCAGUGCAGGAUUAAACCCCUGGUGAUGUCUGCUAAUGGGUGGGUGGACCUAGUUUUAAGAAAACGGCCUUGCAUGUGAAAUUAAGUUAGCCUGCAAGCUGGAGGUUUAGUUUAUGUCUUUAAAUUAGGGAUAGGGAAGCUGUGACCCUCCAGAUGCACAUCAUGCUGGUGGGAGUAGCAACAACAUCUGAGGAGUGCCAGUUGCUUCCAGCCUUCCUGUAGAAGAGUGAUGCGGAACUUGUGGCCAUCCAGAUGUUGCUGGACUCCAACUGGACCCCUUGACCAUGCUGUCUGGGGCUGAUGAGAGUUCAACAAUAUCUGGAGGGCCACAUCUUCCUUGCUCCUAAUGCAGAUAGAUCAUAGAAAUUACCUAAUCAUGUUAACUAAAGGCAGCUGCAAGUUCAGUCACUUUGCAUUCUGUGGACAGUUGUUUUCUUCAGAAAUUCCUUCAUUGCUGAAGUGUGCAGGCACUUCUGUGAUUUGCUGAUUCUUCAAAACUUGUGCAUGUAGUCUAUCUGCUCCAGAGCGUAUAUGAAUGACUCCAAGAUGACUCCAAAAUUAUUUUAUAGAACAUCCCAACACAUGAUUUUCAUUAUCUCCUGCCUCCCUUUCCUUUCCCUAACCAUCUCUCUCUUGGAUUGUAGCUCAAAGGAGCAUGGUCAAAUAAAAGAGGCUCUGAAUUUGCCAACCCCUACAGCCAUAAAAGUAUCUUCACCAACUGCUGUGCAGUGCUCUGUGGACCAUUCUAUCCCAGGUAAGGAUGCUUGCUCCAGAAUACCUGCUCCUGAAUCAUGUUCAAGUUAGGAGAUAGAUAGUGAACAGCAGUAUGAAUUGAUGUGUGUGUCAAUGUUGAUUUGAUAGGUAAGAUAUCCCAGAAACCCAAAAGACAGGGACUUGCUAACUUGCCUAAUUUUGCUUCUACUUUCGAAUUGUAAAGUUGAGAGGGAUGUUGCUGUUUUCUGCCAUGACUGGCUUCUACUGCUACUCUGUGCUACUGUGCAUGUAGGGAGAAACAACCAGUGUGUCAGGAUCACACAGGUGGCCCAUCACCGUGAGUAAGCAAGAAAUGGACAUGUGCUUCCAAAGGUGGGAAGCUAACUGCAAAAACUAUCUAUACUGCUCAGAAUGAUAGCUGCUUCCUCCUUACAGCUUGAGAGAGGUUGGUCACAUUCACACAUAACACAAAGUUGAGGUUAUUGGCUUAAUAAAUCAUACUAAGCACAAAGUGCAUGCGAAUCAAUUGCUUCCACCUCGUUCCUCCCCUGGUGAGAGUAUGCAAACACAUCACAAAGGGGAUGGUUUGGCAUUGCCUCUAAACCCAGCAUUGUGGUUGGUUUUGUCCUAACAAACAGCGAUUGCUCACCAACCUUAAACCAUGGUUUGUUGUUGGCUUACUGGUGGUGGCUUGUUAGGAUGAAACAAACAAUGAUCCUGGGUUCAGAUGCAACACUAAACUGUCCCCUUCAUGGUUUGUUUACUUGCUCAUGCCAGGAGAGGAGUGAAGCAGGACUGAUUAAGUUGCAUGCACGAUAUGAUUUGUUAAGCCAAGAACCUUUGCUUACCAUUAUGUGCACACAUGUCUGUUGAAACAACACAGAAAACAUACUCCUGUGCAAAACAUAGACUUGGAAAGAUGGAGGAAAUUAAAAGAGAUGGCGGUGGGGAGGGCUUGGGGGACGAGACUUAAACUAAAGGCAAGCAAGAAAUUAAAUGUUGAAUGAUGCAGAGCUCACCCGAUAUAUUUUUGCACUUGAGGCAGGAAAUUCAAGUUCAUCCCCUCUCUCUCUCCUCUCUCUGUCCCUUAAUAUCACACACAAAUUGCCUCCUUCAGGCAGCUUUUCCACUCAGCCUCAUGGCAGACCCAACCCUGGAAAGAUGUCAGAUCCAUAGUGGUCUGAAUUGCAAGUGCUAUUAUGAGCAUUUGACAAUUGCUUCUGUGAGAAAUCUCCAUUGAGUAACAUUCUUGUCUGUCUAGCACACAGUUCUUCUGUAUUUACAGAUCCAAGUUUAAUCUACCUGGUGCCUCGCUGAUAAUCCUAAUUUAGCAAUCUUCAUGUAGUCACAAGGGGGCAGAAUUGGACAAAAUGAAGGGCAAUUAUAUCACUAGCAUGUGGUGCUUAUGAGAUGACUCCUUGAAGGAAUUCAUGAAUACAUAGACAGGAGGAAAAGUUGUCAGCAAAAGGUUUUCCAUAUAGAGUUUUUGGGAAGGAUGAUUUGGGCAGGACCUUUUGUUUCUGUUAAGUGGUUUCUAUGGUAUCCUGAGAAAAACUGGACAUCUAUGUGAGCCGUAACUUUUCCACAACUACAAAAUUACAUCAAAUAGUCACUCCAUGAACACUAAAGUUCAAAUUAGGCAUGCCUCUUGGAAGUCUAAGAGGGUUCUUGAUACUGUAUGUUAGAUGGUACAGCCUGACAGUGGUCGAAUGAAAUCAGUGAAAUAUAGUGAAAACUUUUUUUAUUGAUUUAAAUGUUUAUAUACUGCUAUAUCAGAAAAAUAAAGCAGUUUACGUAAGAGGUUGUAAUGUAUGAGGCAAUGUGUGUUUUGACAAACUCCUGCUGAACAUGUCUGCAGUCCAAGAACUACAGUGGAACCUUGGUUUCUGAAUUUAAUCUGCUCCGGGAGUCUGUUCGAUUCCUGAAACAGUUUGGGAACCAAGGCUGCAGCAGCUUCCAAUCAGCUUCCAAUCAGAAGCCGUGGAAGCCGCACUGGGCGUUUGGCUUCCAAAGAAUGUUCGAAAACCAGAACAAUUACUUCUGGUUUUCGUUUGUUCGGGAGCCAGAACAUUCAGCUCCCAAGGCAUUCGGGAGCCGAGGUUCCACUGUAGUUGAAGAGCUCUUUCAGCUCAGCUUUUUUACAGUUACUUUUUGUGCCACUGUUAUUUUGGAUUCCUCAGCUCAUGUCAAUGGGCAAUGAGCUGCUCUCAUCAUAUGGGAGUCUGGUCUUUACAAAACUUACUCAGAAUUUAGCCAUGAUUUAACAGUACUUCCAGUAGACAGAACUCCAUACCAUCCAAACCACCUGCAAGAGACACACUAAGUGUUUGAUGGGCCUUGGACUCUUCACUAAUCCCUUCCUGGAUGGGGGAAUUUAUCUGCUUCAGGCCUUCUUGAAGGGAAAAUUCAAGGUUUUUCUUUAUGAACAUUCACCUAAAUUUUUGACCACAUGCCUUUGUAUUCCUUUUUAAACAUAUUUAUCAUUGUUUUAAAAACCAGGAAGAGAAGACGCAAGUAAAUAUAAUAAAGAAACAUACUUUUCACCAUCCAUAAUGCAAAUCUUGAUCUCCCCACCCAAGGGGCCAACUUUGAAAGAGACCACUCACCUCUCAGUUAUCUGACAAUAUAAUGACAUCACAUUUGGCACAUGAGGAGGAGAGAGUGACCAACAGGACUGAACUUAUGCACCAGCUGAUGCACAAAGAGUUCUUUCCUUCUUUAUGUAGAGCUUGGGGGCUUGAGAGUGUUCCCUGCAAGGAACUCACACAUGCACUUGAACCAAGUGGGAUUUAGGUUCUCUACCCUUGCACUAAUGCAUAAAUGAUGCCCCUGAUUUCAUGUUUGUGAUCCAAAUGCAGAUUGGAAUUCCCACCUCAUCCACAAACAUGCAUUGACAAGGUGAAAAAGUGCUGCUGCUGCUGCUCAUUUGGUUUAGCAUUGAUUACCAGACUGACCUCCCUGUUCCUUGUUUUUCUUCUUCCCCACUCUAGCCUAAUAGACAGAAGAGGAUUUAUCCAGGCAGAUGCUGGGACCCCAUCCACUCCUAAGAGUGAAAUUCCUUCCUUUGGAACGAAAUCCGAUGCCAGCAUGGUAUGAGCCAACCCUUAAGCAGUCCUAUGCCUACCUCCAGCCGGUGCCUCUCCUCCAUUUUACCAUUUCCUGGGCCCAGGAAGGACAGCCUUGUAGGGCGGAGCCUCCAAAGUUCCUACUCAAAGCACAUCCCAUCGCCUUGUGCAUUGAUUUUUAUUUGGUUUCAUUUUUAUACAGUGGAACUUAAAUUGAACACUGCGGACUGCUGCAGUUAAGCCUCUAGACAGGGCCGUCUUUUCACAGGGGGGAAAAGAGUACUGGAGCCGCUUAGAGCAGAGAGUGCCUCUGGUUGGGAAAUGCCAGCUUCUUGAAAGCCAUCUAUUCGCAGAGGGUCUUCUGCAGGGGUUGGUUGAAAAGGAUGUAGUAACUUGCAUGGAGUUAGUACAAUGAAGCAGGGGGAAACCAAGGUAUCAUCCCUGAAGCUAUACUCCAGGUUAUUUUUGAACUUGCUUCUUGGUUAAGGUGGACCGCUCCGCAUGAGGGAUCUGACCACAAAAAAUAAUUGGUGCUGCCCUAAGUUGUAAGGCAGAGAGCUGAACCAUUUGAGGACGCAGCACUCCAUGCCCUAGCAGCAAGUGGUGCUUGCUGAUCUGGUUUGCCUGGCUCCCACCGAUGGGAAUGAAGGGGGUGCAAACAGUUGAAGAUCCCUAAGAAAGAUCCUGAGCAGAUCUACUUGAUCAGCAGACAAUGAUUUCUCACUUUGGGAACUGACUGGGAGUUGUCAUUUCAAUUGCAUGAUUGCUGUGACAAGAGGAUAAACACAGCCCAGUGAGGUUCUUUGUUUAAUGGUUAGGAAAAAAUGAAGCAAGCCAAUCUGAGAUUCUUAAGUGAUGUGAAUAGAGAUGAGACAUAAUUCAUUGAUGUGCAUAUGGGUGAGAGAGCUAUGGUGGGGGUAGGGGUAGGGAAAUCCAUACACAGGAGACCUGUUGACCAAAGGCUAUUUUCAAAGAGGAAUUUGGAGGAAUAUCUUCCUGCGUACACUGUCCAAAAAUAAGCUUGUUUCCUUUAGGAAGUUGAGGCCAUUCACUUCGAUUCUUAACCAGUGACGUAAACAUGUUUCUUCUUACUGAAGAUCCUCUUGCAGUGCCUCCCAUCUUGUUCUGCUGAGUCCUUAUGCAUAUAGGAAGGUUAAAAUAUGUUAGAUACUUGAAAUGUGUUUAUUAAAAGCUGCUGGAUAUUUUUGCACAUAUUUUGUAGGUUUUUCUAAGGGUUUUUUAAAAAGUGACUUUUUACUAUACAUAAACCUGUGUCACAGGUUCUUGGAACCAUGUUAGAUAUAUAAUUAUUAUUACAGUGUUGAAUUUUUUGUAUCAAGUAAUUUACAUACACAAAGAUCUCUAAGCCAUUAUUUCCUAGACUUCAUCAGUCCAUAGGAAAAGAUGGGGAGCCCAGAGCACACAUUACAGCUAGCUAGAUUCUCCUUUCUUAUCCCUAUAACCUGUAGAAACUAGGGUUUGUGGAAAACAUGGUAGGAUCUCUGGUCUCAAAGGGACAAAUAAAGGGACAUGAGCAUGCCUUUCCCUGCCUUGCAUCUACAGAGAAUCAGGAAAGGACAAACAUUGCAUUUUUAAAAAAUAAAAAUUGGCAUAAUUGAAGUCACCUUGUAGGAAUUUGUACUAAUAGAUAGCGAUUGAGUUAGCAGUUGGAUAGUGAAUAAGUCAGAUCUUUCCUUCCAACGUCAUUCAUGCUGUUCAGGGCCAUGUGUUACAUCCAUCAGCACUUUUGAGUAGCACCACCCCAUUCAGCAGAAUGUCCUUGAGAGCGAUCAGUUACAACAAACAAGCACCUGGCAGACUUCACCCACUGGCCACGUAGAGGAUUCUUGUAAGGGUUUUUCAGACGGGCAGCAAAUUACCCAGCCCUGUAAAGAGGUAUGUGUUUUGUGAAGAGGAAAUUAGCAUCCUCCACUCUCCAUUAGUAAGAGUUAACUGACAUAUUGUGGUGGGAGUAGCCAACUGUGUGUCCUCAAGAUGUUUUUGUACUAUAACUCCUAUCAUUCCUAACCAUUUAUAGGGCUGUCUGGGGCUGAUAGGAGUUGGACCUAGAAGUUCCUUAUCCCACAAGUUCCUUAACCCUGUUCUAUGCUUCCCUUGCUUUUCUUAUUAAUUUUGAUUGUUCAGACAGCAUAGUCCCAUUCUAAUGUGUUUGCCUGACAAAUCAGGAGAGUUAUAAUGAGAAACCAAGAAACUCAUAUAAUCACUUCCCUUUCUAAAACUUGGGUUUGUACUUAAGACAAGCUCAGGUACAUACUGGACCAGGACCAUACUGGAACAUUCUGCUGGUGUCUAAAGACUUCCACACCAUUUCCCAUUCAAUCAGGUGUGUGUCUGGACUUCAUGAUACACACCCAUCUCUAUAAUAGGCCUGCUUGACCAGCAUAUUUAUUCUGAUAGGUAAAAUUAGGCUUAUUCAUAGUGCAGAUCUGAAGGGUUUUGUAACUGAUCGGCCUCUUGGAGAACCUCUGAGUAUGACUUAUCCCCCAGGAGGUAUGACAGGUCUUGCAGUUCUCUUCUGCUAAAUAUAGGACCCCAAGAUACUAUGGGUUUCCUAGCUAGUUCUCAUCCUGACAUCUGGAUGCUAUUGCAAAGGCUAUUCCAAGUGUUGUGCUGGCUGAUGCAUGGGACAAGCGCUUGAACUCAUGUGCCACUUAGGCAAGUGCCAAAUCCGUUAAUAUUAACAGUCAUGAACCUUGAUGUUGAAGGCAGCAGUGCCCCCCAGUUGUGCUCUGCAUCAUGCCAGAGAUGAUGUCAGCCUGUGCUGUUCCCAUCGCAGCCACAUUAACAGUCUCAUCUGUGAAGGGUGCAUUUCCAAAGGAUAGCCUUGCCAGCAAAGCAGUUUUGGUUGGCCAAUGGAGCCCCAAAUGUUUCUGGAACUACCUGCUGAAAAGAUAGCAGCUUUGCUUUCCAAGAGUUGAUCUUAUUUGGAAACACACUCAUUUCUUGUACAACAUUUCAGGAACAGACUCAGAAGUGCAGGAGGGAGAGAAGAUUCCUGGCUUCCAUAAGCCAGGCACACUAAUCAUUGUCCGUCCUAGAUUACCCUCUUAUUUACAGAAGGGUGGCCUCAUUCAGUUAUCAGGGAAGGAUCCUGUUCUUGUUGAGGGAGAGCUCAUGCCACCCUCCAGCACCAUCAUAUUUGUAAAGCUCAGGUGGGGAGGGAGGGGACAAGGACUUGUAGCAGUGUUACGUCUGUGUGGGGAGUUUCUUUUGUUAUUUGCUUUUGUAAUAAAAAAAUUAUUUUUAAAGAGCUAAUUGCUUUGGAUUUUGUGUUUGCAUUUCCUUAAUGCUAGAUUUAAGAAGCUCAAGCUCAAGCUCCUUCCUAUGCAAGAAGCUGAGCUUGGGCAAAUCACUGGAGGAAGAACACCUGCUGGUUAAGAUGGUUGCCUGGAUGCUGACACUAGAACCCAGCAGGCAUAAAAGCAACUACUAAGGGCUCUCAUUGUGGUUGAGGAUAUACAUGGGGGGGUGGGGAUCUGUGUACUGUUAAUUGCAGUGAUUUAGUAGUGUAGAGUUUCAAAGUAGCCAUAACUUAACCUGGCCAAUCCCCGCACAAAGCACGUUAUGCUACUGAUGGAGGGCACCCAUGCUCUUUCUUUCUCUCUUCCCCUUUCCCUCCCCCAAUUCUACUUCCCCAAACCUGAGACUGCCAUGGUGCAUAAUCUCUGGUGUCUUCUCUAGGAGGAUGCCUGCCAGGACUUUGCCAUAUCUUGCACUGCCUGAUGGGAUAACCCCAUCCCACAGGAUGGGUUAGCACUGCUCUCUGAAGGUUAGCUGGUAAGAACGCAUUGGUUUUUCCCCUCUCGCCCUCAUCUGGUGAAUCAUCUCAUUGUUGCCGCAUGAAUUGCUUCAAGCCUGGAGCCCAUCUAUCCCUCCAGUCUGUGUGGCUGUUCUCAUUUUGUUGUGUGCCCUACAACCCAUCCCACCAAUAGCUUAAGCCACGUGAAGAUCUGUGAGGCCUGUGUGACAGCAAGGUAGCCUUGAGGGAUAGGUUAGGAGAACCUUGAGCAAAUGAGAUAGAUGUUCAUGGUACCUUCUACUCUCACCUCCCACGGCAGGACUCCCUGUGGCACUAAAACCAUCAUUACACAUGUGGAAGUUUUCCAGGCAAUCUUUUCAACAUGAUGGGAACAUGUUUUUACACAUAGUGCGUUUCUUGCCAUGUAUGGGCUACUGCCAGAUGCCCAGCUUACCCCAGUGGAUUUUGAGACUACACAGAAGGCAGGAAAUGUCUUCACAGGCUUUUUUGGCAGGUCUUUACACUUCUGUAUGAUAGCUUGGAGGACUAAAAAUGAAAAUUACCUCCCAUGUACUAGUUACUAUCAUAAAGUAGUCAAAAACUAGGCAGAAACGUUUAGGUAAUCUCUUGUUUGUGUAAAUCAAGUUAUAAAUUAAGGUAGGAUUGUGGUUGAGCCUAACAGAUGUCAUGAGUAUGCCAUGCAGUUAUUUCCCAAAAGCUGGGACCAGGGAGAUGCUUAAGCCAGACCCGGGGGUGGGGGUGGGGUCCAAGUCCCAAUACUGCCAACUCAUUAUUGCAACUAGUAGCAGAUUAUUUUUUUAUAGUAGGUUAUCAGCUCAAAACAUUUUGGGGUGCAGAACAAGGGAUGAUGUCCAGGAUCAUCAGCCUGCACCUACCUUGUUUUUAUAAAGGUUCUUUUUGUUCAUGGCAGGUUAAGUUGGGGACAGGGUAGAAAAUAUCACCACUUUGCAUUUAUAUAUAACUUUUUAUAUAGUAUGUGAAGAGCUUCACAUUAUCCCUGUUUUUCUUAUGACUACCCUGUAUGAUCAGUCUUCUCCCUAUAUUUCAGGUGGGACAGAGGCUGUGUGUGGGUGGUUUGCCUAAUAGACCCACUCUCACAUUUGAGGUGACAAUUGAACCAAGGACUUCUUGGUUUACAGCCCAGUCUCUUAACCAUUACCCCAGCUUUUUAGUGAAAAGCCAGAAUCUAAUCUGCUAUCUUGGCUCUGCUCUUUUAAUGGCUGUUGCCCCCACCCUCUCUGGUGCUCUCAUUUUGUUGCCAUCUCACGUCCUCCAAAAUGAGGCUUAACCGUAUCACAUCUGUAUGUCCACUGCUGGUAAGUAAUUAUGAGGAUGCUUUGUUUGACAACAGUGUUGAAUAAGGUGUGCAGGUGUUUCAAAACUCUGCUUCUCAUUUGAUUCAAAAGAGUAUAUUGAUGUAUGGAAGUUCAUUGUCUUAACUUUGGGAAGUUCUGAAUGCUUAUAUUACAGAUAGAUGGCCUGAGGUCUUGAGAUGGACUAAAAAUAUGGAUGUUCUGGAAUAAGAGAUAUCUAGCAGCAUUAUCACUCACAAACAGUCUCAUAUUUUAAUGUCUGUUUGCCUGGCUUGAAUUGGUGCUGUUGCCCAGCCUCUAGGUUUACUUGUUGUGACUGUUCCAUGGCAAAAAUAGUCAUAGCUUCCCAAAGUCUUUGAUUUAUAUUAGGGAUGGGCAGGGAGAGGGGUCUGACUCUUGAGCCUCUUACCAAACCACCCCACCCCUCGCCAGGAGUGCUUUGCACCCUUCCUUGAGUGUCUUUGCCUUGAACUCUGAUAAUACUUUUUCACUUGCCUGGAUGAAGGAUAGUGUGUGUGACGUGUGUGGAAACAAGCCUGCUGUACCAAGGUAAAAUUAACAUUCAUUGCUCCUUCUGGCCCUGCUCAUUGCUGUCAUUUGCCCCCUCAAGCUUGCCUAGGGCUGAAAAACAGGUUCCCCACCCCUAGUUUAUAUGCUACCCUUGGUGAAGAAAUGCAUGUUAAUCGCCCACUUGCCCACCUCACUUUCUCCUGUCUCCCAUCAACAAAAACAAAUCUGGAGAACCUUCCUUAUAUCUUGCUCUCUCUUCAUCUUGCCUUCCCCACUCCCCAUCACUCACACAGAAGGGAGAAAGCUGUUGCUGCCCACUUGUCCUUGGCAAGAACAAAAAAAAAGGAGCAGCAGCUGGGGCAAUGAGGGUUCUGCUAGCCGAUAAAGCGAACUGCUUAGGUUGGGCUCGCGGCGACAGUUCUCUCCUUGCUGGAGUGCUGGGCAGAGCAGAAGAAGACUGAGCACUUGGGUUGAGCUGUCCAGCCAUCUGCCCAUCUGCCUGCAUUCACUGCUAGGGAAAGGGUGGGAGGUGAAUUCCAAGUAGAACCCAUUCCAGGCAAAAUGCAACUUGCUUCCAUCUCUUCCCCCGCAGCCUGAGUGCUCAGCAACCCAGCAAAGCCUCUAUUCACACCAGGGGCAGCCAACGUGGUGCCCACCAACAGCUGUUGGACUGAAGCUCCCAUCACCCCUAAACAUUAACCAUGCCGGUGGCAGGUUGGAAUCCAACAACUUCUGCAGCUUCACAUUGGCUAUUUCCUACUUAAUGACUGUUGCUGCAUUUACAGUAUUGUAUGAUGGGGGCAGUGUGAAAUGAAGUUCCUAGCCAUCCUGCUGAAAGUGGGCCGUGUAUGUGUCUGAAUGGAAGAGUCCAUCAAACGGUCCUUUACCACACUAUUUCUAGUGCUGAGAUGCUCCAUGAACUUUGGGACACUUCUCUCUUCUGAUGUGGCAGCAGAAGCUGUAGCUAAAACAGAUGCCAAGGGAAGUGAAUUAAGUGACUUGGGAGGCAGCCUGGCACACUUGGCUUCUGCCUGUAUUUUGCUAUCCAGACAUUAUGAGAAGAUCUUCAUUCCUUGCCUGUCCUUUUCUUACACUUGCAUGCCCACAUGAAACACUAAUCAGAAACCUUUUUGUUUUUUUGUAAUUACACUUAACUAAUCAGGAUCACUUUGAAAUCCCUUUCUUUGGUAGUCUGAAAUACCCAACGCCUCCUUUUCCUGACAUUUCUCACCUGAGCAUUCAUAAAGUCAUCCUUACCAAAAUGGCACUUGUUCCACAUUUACCCAAACCGCACUAAUUUCCCAGGAUCUUCCCCCUUCCUCCUCUUUAGCUUGCCUGAAGACACACCUACUCCUGUGAACAUCCUUUUUUCUAUCUCUGGUGUUUCCUUUUACUAAUCCUAUCUCUUUCUCUCUCUUUUUCCCCCCCUUCCUGCACUGCUUGGGAACAUCCAGUGUGUCCGGGGCACAAAAGAGAUUUUGAGGACCCUCUGCGCCUCGUGGCAAAACCCAAGGCAACCCCAAGAGGCUCUGUCAAAUAUCUGAAAGUACAGCCAUUGCCACCACCUGUGCCUCUCUACCCUCCAGGGCUAUCUAUUUAUUUAUAUUUAAUAUAUCGCUGCAUCUCUUCCCGUUUCACAGCAAGGAUAGGGAGAUGCCACAUGCACAAGGAAAAAGCUACUCCAAACCCUCUGGCAGAGGUUGCUCCUGCUGUCUGUAGGGUUCGAAGCUUAAAGCCAUACAUGCCACCUGCUGUGAGUGCAAUAACGGGAGUUCCUAUUUUUUUGUGGGUGGGGGGAAUGGACUCUAGCAUCUAAGCACAUCAAGGCCGGGGAGAGUUUUUAUCUAGUCUUGCUCUGCAGAAAAGAUGUCUCAAGGCUCCAGAGAUUCUAGGAGAUAAUUGUGUUACUUUUCUAGUCAAUUGAAGGCACCCACCUCUUCUCUGUCCCCUCCACCCCGAUCUGCUUGUGAUGUCAAGAACUGAUGUGGUGUCUUUAGCUGCAGCAGAGCAGGGCCCAUUAAGCUGUGUUUGCACUAGCUGUUUAAUGUGCUCCCACUUGAUGCAGUUGGUCAAAACUUGCAUCUGUUUGAAUGCGAUGUGGUGCAUUAGAACUGUGAACCAAUACCCAGGGCUCUGUGUGUCUGUGUGUGAUGUGAUGUGGUUCCACAGGAGCAUUAAAAACAAUUUUGUUUUAAUGUGGUAAUGGAUGCAGAAUUCCUGUUCCUGAGAAUCAUAUGCUUUUUUUCUUUAAAAAGGGCAAGCUCUAAACCUUAAUUGUUACAAAGAUAUGCUUACUAUGUGUAGGUGCUGUUUCUGCCGAAAUUUCAAAGCCAGAAGGGUAGCAGACUUGGAUUUCCAAUGACUCAAGGUGGAGAUUUGGUUCUCUACAUCACCUUUCACUCCUUCCCAUCACUGGCGAAAAAACAGAAAUAUGCAAAUUUGUUAAAUGAUUAUGUAAAUAAGUCAACUAGCAUAAUUUAUACACUGCGGAAUUUAGCUUUUCAUGAUAUAGAACUUUCUUUUCUUCUACCUUCUUAAGCACAGAGUGGUACACAGCCCUGCUGUAUAGGAUGCUGUGCCUAACCGCUGUCUUGGGCUGCCCCACGAGGAUGAGCGCAGCCAGGUCACCCCUGCCGAAAUGCACAAAUGUAGCUGAUACAGCCUGCAAAGCAGGAUUUUGCAUAGGCUGUGGAUUAGAAAACCCACAUCUAAGCUGCUUAUUCAAACUUUUGAGUGUUGGGGGAAGGUGCACACUCCUUGGGUGUAGUCAGAUAGGAAUUUGUACCUUCCGGCAUUUUAACUUGCUAAUAAGCUCACUUGUUUUUAGGAUUCAUUUAGAUCUAUUCCCUCUCUUUCAUCCUCCACACCAAAAAUAAAUAAAUAAAUAAAUAUACCAUUAACAGUAUUUUGUAGUGCUUAUCUAACAGUUCCUGUACAGAAUUCUGCCUUGCCUCACCUUUUGCAGGUAGGUGAGGGCCAAGGAGCAGGGAGGUUGUCAGGCGGCUCUAUACAGAGAGCAAAACCAAACCCUUUCGGUCCCUUAAGUGUAGUUGUGUAGGGUUUGAAAUUCAGUUAUGCCUUUCACUUUUGUAACAAUAAAAUUUCUCCUAUCUUACUCCA